UCACACAUCCUUCUUCUCCCAUCCUCUCAUCUUCACUCCACCCCCUUCCCACUACACUACACUACCCCACCCCGUCAAGCGCAUUCCGUCACCAUGGCAGGCGUCGGCAUCACCUCCAAGUCCGCCCAGCUCCUCUCCCGCCCCGCCAACCCCGAGCAGAUCCUCAAGGAAGUCAACGUCCACGGCGCCCUCACCGACCAGAACAGGCACAUCCUCAACAAGGACGUCACCGUCUUCCUCGCCCUUCUGCACCGCACCUUCAAUGAACGCCGAAAGACCCUGCUCGAGCGCCGUCUGCUCCGCCAGGCCAACCUCGACAAGGGCGAGCAGCUCGACUUCCUCCCCGAGACCAAGCACAUCCGUGAGAAUGAUGCAUGGAGAGGCGCCCCGCCCGCCCCGGGCCUGCAAGAUCGUCGCAUCGAGAUCACCGGUCCCACCAACCGCAGCAUGGUCGUCAAUGCCUUGAACGCUGACGUCUGGACAUAUAUGGCCGACUUUGAGGACGCCACCGCACCCACGUGGGAGAACAUGAUCAACGGUCAGCUCAACCUCUACGACGCCAUUCGUGGCCAGAUCGACUUCAAGCAGGGCGAGAAGGAGUACAAGCUCCGCACCGACCGCGUCCUGCCCACCCUCAUCGCCCGCGCCCGCGGCUGGCACUUGGUGGAGAAGCAUUUCACCGUCGACGGCGAGCCCAUCUCCGGCUCCCUCUUCGACUUUGGUGUCUACUUCUUCAACAACGCCGAGGAGCUCGUCAAGCGCGGACGUGGCCCCUACUUCUACCUGCCCAAGAUGGAGAGCCAUCUCGAGGCGAGACUGUGGAAUGAUGUGUUCAACUUGGCACAAGACUACAUUGGCAUGCGUCGCGGAACCAUCCGAGGCACCGUCUUGAUCGAGACCAUCACUGCCGCUUUUGAGAUGGACGAGAUCAUCUACGAACUCCGUGACCACUCUGCCGGCCUGAACUGCGGCCGCUGGGAUUACAUCUUCUCCGUCAUCAAGCGUUUCCGCCAAAACCCCGGCUUCGUCAUGCCCGAUCGUCAAAACGUCACCAUGACCGUGCCCUUCAUGGACGCCUACGUGCGCCUGCUCAUCAAGACCUGCCAUCGCCGCCAGGUCCACGCUAUGGGCGGCAUGGCGGCCCAGAUCCCGCGCAAGGACGACCAGGCCGAGAACGACAAGGUCAUGGACGCCGUGCGCGCCGACAAGAUGCGCGAGGUGCGUGCUGGCCACGACGGCACCUGGGUCGCGCAUCCCGGCUUGGCCGCCGUGACGGCCGACGUCUUCAACACCUACAUGCCCACGCCCAACCAGAUGCACGUGCGACGCGAAGAUGUGCACGUCACCGCCAACGACUUGCUCAACAUGAACGUCCCGGGCACCAUCACCGAGGAGGGCAUCCGCAAGAACCUCAACAUCGGCCUGGGCUACAUGGAGGGCUGGCUGCGUGGCAUUGGUUGCGUGCCCAUCAACUACCUGAUGGAGGAUGCGGCGACGGCCGAAGUGUCGCGCUCGCAGCUGUGGCAGUGGGUCCGACACGGCAUUACCACCGCCGAGGGCAAGAAGAUCGACAAGGACUACUCGCUCAAGCUGCUGUACGAGCAGGCGGAUGAGCUGGAGAAGAAUGGACCCAAGGGCAACAAGUACAAGCUUGCGGCGCAAUACUUUGCCACGCAAGUCACGGGCGAGGACUACUCGGAGUUCCUGACCAGCCUCCUCUACGAUGAAAUCACACAUGUGAGUGGAAAGACUCCUGCUACCAACAUGGCGAAAUUGUAGAGUAGCGCGAUGGGAGAAGGACCAAAAGACGUGAUUCUGCGAUGUACGGCGAAAUAUGUAGGAAAUGCUUGUUGGCCGUAAUUCCUGCUCGAAUAUCGCAUGUUGAUUUGCCUCGAACCGCCUCCUCUUCUUCAUCAUUGUCCUCAAAAUGCAGGCUGACGACUUUCGAUCCUCUAGGUCGAAACCAAGCAGCCUGCUAGUGAACUGCCCUCGCAAGACCCUUGAGAUUGCCCGUUGAAUGCAUUGCCCUUGGGUGUUGGAGCUUGGGUGUUGGAGGGGGAACAUUGGAUCUGAGCGUGG